GUCACCUUUGAGAGACUCGCAUAGUGGGUUUGUUUUGACAGUUUUACUGUUUAUGGUGCUGCGAUUCGUUUGACAACGCCGGCUUUGUGAAAAUAUGUUGCCUACAGAUGCCUUUGCGUGUUUCCCCGGUCAGACGUGGGAAAAAGUGCUGUUAAAAGUGAAAAAGUCCGUUGUUUUCAUGGAUGACCGGUGCUCGGAGAGUCUGCACUGGAACGGUGGAGCUGCUCUUCUAUUUGAGGCUGGAGCUCGAAACAUCAAACAGUUCUCCAGCUUUGAAGCAGGUGGACAGAACGAGCCCAAAGCUGUGUUUGUGGUCAGCACCGUGCUGAAAGGUAGAACUGCAGACAUCAUCAAAGACAUAAUUUCCCUCAGUCACUUCCAGUACUGUGUGGUUUUCACAGCUGUUCCUCACUCCAUUCACCUGCUUGCAAAUAGUGUGACCAGUGAGCUGGAGGGGAACCCGGUGUUUGAACAGUUUGAAGAAAAACUGUGCGAGUGGAUGGGUGAUAUGAACUUUACAGCUGAGGUCAUGUGUGCUCCUGUGGUCUUUGCCCCCCUGACACAGCAGCUCCACCUCUUGCCUGCUUUCUCUAACAUCUUCCCCUUACUGGAAGUUGACCUUGAUGCCAUCAAUGAGAAGAGGCCGGAGAAAAGACGAUUUGGGAGUCUGAUGGAUGUGGAUAUGCACUCUCUCUCACCUGAGCUGCAGAUACAGAUUAAAGCUCUUGCAUCGGUACUCAAUGCCCUGUUUGAGUUUAUCAAUACCCGUGAAGAGAGCUUUUCAGUGGGCCCAAUGAGCCGUCUGAUUGCAGGGGAGCUGGCCAGUCAUCCACUGGCAAAGAAUCGGAGGAAGGCAGCCCCCAACAAAGCAUCAAUAGUGUUUGUUGACAGAACUCUUGAUCUUACAGGGGCCGUGGGCCACCAUGGUGACAAUCUGGUUGAGAAAAUACUAGCCGUGUUGCCACAGUUGCCAGGUCAUUUGACUGACAUUCAGGUGGACAUGAUUGAGCUCACACACCUGAAGCAUGAAGCUAAAAUGCAGGGUGUCCUGGCACCUGGCUCCUUGGCACAGAACCAGUCUGCCACAGCAAGGUUGCUAUGGGAGACAAUGUUGGUUGCUAAGCAAAAAGAAGCCAUAAUGGAGGUGAGGAGACAACUGGUGGAUGCAGCAAGCAAAGAGAACCUGCCAAUCAAAAUGAGUCUGGGGCGGGUCACAGCCGAACAGCUCAGUUCAUACGUGCAGUUGUUUCGGGACAGUGUUGGAGCACUAGAAAGUCACAGUGGAGUUCUUCAGCUGGGACUGGCUGCUGCUCAAACCCUCCGUCACCCUGCCCUCUCACAGUGGGAUGCCUGCCUUGGAUUUGAGAGACUCCUUUUGCAGGCUUUGGGAGACUCCAACCUGGCAGUGGUUCUGAAGCAACUUCUCCCCCUUGUAAAGUCCAGUGAAUCUGGUAUAGGUUCUGACUCUAGUUCUGGCUCUGGAGUGGGUUUUGGUGAGCUGAGUGUGGAUGAUCUGCUGGUGCUGUUGGUUUAUGUGUACUCUUUGGCCAAAGAAGCAUGCCCAGGUGGCCCUGAAGAGGACAAGCAGGUGGAACGGGUGGAGAAGGAGUUGAUUGGAGCACUGACACUUCACCUGACCCAACAAACCAGUUUAAGCCCUCUGCUGCAAGAGAUCACAGGAGUCUCUGGUCUUGAGGAACUGACAAUGGAGCGAGCCCACUCUGCUCUGGAGAGUGUAUUUGAGACGCUGAGGGGAAUCGGCCAUGCCCGAGACCACCUAAAGCAGUUCAGCUCUGUGUACACUGCAAGUGAUGGAGUACACCAGGCAACGUAUCGCCCAUUCCUUAAGCAGGUGCUUGAGGAGAUCUUCGUCCCAGACAGGCGUGAAUGUCCUGAUAUAGAGCACAUGUCAGGUGGGCUCACUGACCUUCUCAAGACUGGCUUCAGCAUGUUCAUGAAGGUCAAUCGGCCCCACCCAAGUGAUCACCCUCUGCUGUUUCUCUUCCUGGUGGGUGGUGUAACACCAUCAGAACUCCGCCUCAUUCGUGAAGUUGUCUCCACCCAUAAAUCAGGCACUCAGGUACUUGUAAUGUCCACUAGAUUGCUGAGACCUUCCGAUGUCCCUCAGUUGCUCUUCAACACUGACAGGCUCAAGCCUGAUAUUGGAGUGUAAAGGGCCUGACCACUCACACAGUUCUCUGGCUGUAAAAUUCAGUUCAACCUAAGUUUGUCUUUUGUGUGUGAAGUUUAUCUUGGUAUUUAAAACAUUGGAUAUUUGAGAUAAAUAGGAGGAUUUAAAAAAAAUAUAUUAAACAAACACUUGUUUUAGUGUAAAUAUCAACACAUCCCAUUCCAAUAUUUUCUCAUUUCAUUGUACCCUCUUUUCCUUGAAAUAAAGCUUUGAAGAUCGGCCCUAUA